CUCCUCCGUCAGUCUGAGCUGCACCUACAGUUCUAACAGUCGCCGCUGCAACGAAUGGAGGCGAAGUGGUGGGAGAGACAUCACCGAGGAAUUGUUCCGCUGUCCGAAUAGCUUCUCUCUCUUUUUUUUUUUUUUUUGUAAAAUUUUGUAAAUUUCCCAUCUCAGAUGCAACAAGGAUUUUAAACCCGAAGUCGUGUCAGGCGGUUAAAGAAACGCGAGAGUUUUUUGAGAAAAAGUCGGUUCCCUUUUUUUUCUCUCCCCCCCUCUUUCCCUUGAACAUCUCGUUUGCCUGUCAUUUAAAAGAAGAAAAAAAAAGGGCGUGUGUGUGCGGGGUGAAGGCAGUUUUAACCAAUUAAUGUAGGUAUAUAUGGUGUUUUAGGGUAUUUUUUUUUAAAAACACCAUCUGGGUCUGAAGGACACUAGUCUUAAGGAUGGGAUGCACGCUGAGCACCGAGGACAAGGCGGCGGUGGAGCGCAGUAAGAUGAUCGACAGGAAUCUGCGGGACGACGGGGAGAAGGCGGCCAGGGAGGUCAAGCUGCUGCUGCUCGGUGCUGGCGAAUCGGGGAAGAGUACGAUUGUCAAGCAGAUGAAGAUCAUCCACGAGGCAGGCUACUCAGAAGAGGAAUGUAAGCAGUACAAGGCCGUGGUCUACAGCAACACCAUCCAGUCCAUCAUCGCCAUCAUCAGAGCCAUGGGGCGCCUCAAGAUCGACUUCGGGGACGCCGCGAGAGCUGAUGACGCGCGGCAGUUGUUUGUACUGGCGGGCUCAGCAGAGGAAGGCUUCAUGACAGCCGAGCUGGCCGGUGUCAUCAAGCGGCUGUGGAAGGACGGAGGUGUUCAAGCUUGCUUCAGCCGCUCCCGCGAAUAUCAGCUCAACGACUCGGCGGCAUACUACUUGAACGAUUUGGACAGGAUAUCCCAGGCCACCUACAUCCCAACUCAGCAGGAUGUCCUGAGGACCCGUGUUAAAACCACAGGCAUUGUGGAGACGCACUUCACAUUCAAGGACCUGCACUUCAAAAUGUUCGACGUGGGCGGUCAGCGGUCCGAGAGGAAGAAGUGGAUCCACUGCUUCGAGGGUGUGACCGCCAUCAUCUUCUGCGUGGCCCUGAGCGAUUACGACCUGGUGCUGGCUGAGGAUGAGGAGAUGAACCGAAUGCACGAGAGUAUGAAGCUGUUUGACAGCAUCUGCAACAACAAGUGGUUCACGGACACCUCCAUCAUCCUCUUCCUCAACAAGAAGGACCUGUUUGAGGAGAAAAUCAAGAAGAGUCCUCUGACCAUCUGCUACCCAGAAUACGCUGGCUCCAACACGUACGAGGAAGCAGCUGCCUACAUCCAGUGUCAGUUCGAGGACCUGAACAAGAGGAAGGACACCAAGGAGAUUUACACCCACUUCACCUGCGCCACAGAUACCAAGAAUGUGCAGUUUGUGUUCGACGCCGUCACCGACGUCAUUAUCAAGAACAACCUGAAAGACUGUGGUCUCUUCUGAAGAUAACGAGGAUGAAGACGUCAACCUUUUUUCUUGGCAGUGGAGCCAGCUUAUUGUGCAUCUUUGGUGGGGAAGAUGAGAAGAGUCGGGAGGAUCAGUCACGGACCAGUGCUGUACUAUAUGCCACUUUUAACAGCUUUAUUUAUGUUUUUUGUCUUGGAACAUUUUUGAACUAGCGUUACAACAUUUGUGUAAGAUGUUUGUAUCAUUGUAAAAGCGUCACCGCAAAUUUUCGCGCAUUUUUUUUUUCUUCUUUUUUUUUUCGAGGAGAGGAAGGAGAUCGCUUUUUUUAUUUUUUUUGUUUUGUUUUUUUUGCUGUUCCUUCUGCCGCUGUCUCUGGAAAAGGAAUCUUUGCUGUUGGUGGAAAUGCCUCUUUUCUUCCUUCCCUACAACCAAAAAAAAAAAGGGGAAGAAAAGGGGUACGACUUUGAGUCCAGUCUGUUGGUACUUGUGCCUUCGCAUGCCUUUUUACUGCGGUCGUAGUCCCGAUGCUUGUUCUGUUGCCUGCUGAAUUGUUCUAGACAUAAAGAGGUAAACUGUUUUCAUAUGUUAGUGUCUCUGCUAUCUUCUGUGUGCAUACCACUGAGCUAUCAGGAGGAGGAAGAUUUCCCUCUGGUCUAAAGGUACAUGGGUCUCCAUGGUGACCAACAUGUAGCCUCCACAGUCCCCCUACCUCCCCCCAUCCCCUCACCCCCCCACCCGCCAUGACAAUGGAAGGUCUCGCUGGCCGAUCACACAGUACAAUACUGAGAUGUAUAUUGUUACAUUUACCCCACAAAUCUGGGGUUCUGGUUUUUAAACAGUGUAUAAAAUAUUCAUUCAUCCCAACCAUUCAGACAAUGGUUAGCUGAGGCACUGAGCGUAUGAUGUGCUCGAGUGUUUAAAGUACAAAGACCAGAGUAGGCACAUUUUACUGUAUAUUUUAAUGUAUUUGGAGGAGAGGUUAUGGAGUUUUUGGUGUUAAAGAGAGAGAGAGGGAAGAAAAAAAAACUGAACCACAGAAUAGAUGGUUGCAAAGGUGAGGAUGAGGUCUGAAAUGUUUUAAGGUUCAGGCGUCGUUCUCGGAUCUGAUGACUGGAGAGUAGAGGCACGGCUUGAGGAUCUAUGGCGCCUUUGCACCAUGCGAUUAUAAACUAAGAUGGUCAAGGGAGCCUGGUCUGUGAUUUUUAGAUCAGAACUACUUUGCCAAGAGGAGCGACGAUAAAUAUGGUCCCGGAUCUGUUCAUAUAAAGAAACUGCCACAACUGUCUAUGUAUGUGUAUGUUCUCCGUGGAAGGAGAAUCUUUGUAGACUCAUCUCCCUUAUUUUGCUAAUAAAAACCAUUUACAAACCAAA